AUGCACUCACACACCCCUUUUUUCCUUGUAACAAUGUGUACGUUUUUAACGAGGGAGGGGGGCGCGCACAGGGAGAGAGACGGAGAGAGAGAGAUAGAGAAAAAGGGAGGGGGUGCGUUCUGAAAUAAUAUAGUCAGCCAUUUUUUAUGUAAGGGGAUUUUUUUUCUUAUUGGGGGGGUUGUUAAAAAAUAAAUAUAAGAGGGCGGCCAUCUUUGUUGCUCUGCCUUAGUGUAAAAUAUUCCAAAACGCCCCCCUACUUUUCUCCCGUGCCGAUUUGAAUAUUAAAUAAAUAACACUCCAUCCGCUGCAAGAAUUACAGCUUCGUUGUUUUGUGUUUUAUUUUUUUUUUAAACACUGAACACAAGGACGGAGCCGCCAAUGACAGCAGGAAUAUAAUAAUGUCCUCUCCUCUCCGCUCCUGCGAGGAAGACGAGGGCAUGGUGGUUAAUUCCGAGGGAGGAGAUUUUGAUGAAGAAGACGACGAGGACGACGGAGCGCUGGACGAGAACGCAAGCGACAUAAACUCGCCGGCGGCGCCUCGGGAAACUGCAACACCACCAGCCGCGCCAGACGAAGACCCGGAGAUAUCGGACCGCGAGGUCCCGUGCAAGAAGAAAGGCCGGCCCAAGAAGAAGAAGGACACAAAGAAGAAAGAGAAAGAGGGGAAACCUGCCAAAACAAAGAAACGCAAGAAGAUUGACAGCGAUGUAGAGCGAAUCUCAGACAGAGAAAGAGACUAUGGUGAGAACUCAGACAGCAUCGCCAGCGAUUAUGGCUCUGGCGAGAAAAAGAAAAAGAAGAAACACAAAGAAAGGAAGGAGAAGAAAACCAAGAAAAAGAAAAAAGAUGACGGGGACCGAGAAAGUAGCCAGGAGGAAACAACAAAACAGCCGAUAGAGCAGAAAACGUCUGCCCAGCUGGCAAAGGAGUGGGGCCUGGAGGAUGUUGAUCAUACCUUCACAGAAGAUGACUACAGGGAGCUCACAAAUUACAAAGCCUUCAGCCAGUUUAUGAGGCCGAUGAUAGCCAAGAAGAACCCGAAGAUCCCCAUGUCGAAGAUGAUGACCAUCCUGGGAGCCAAGUGGAGGGAGUUCAGCUCCAACAACCCCUUCAAGGGCAACGCCGCUGCCGUCGCGGCCGCCGCUGCCGCCGCUGCCAUCGCUGUCGCCGAGCAGGUCUCUGCAGCGACCGCCUCGCCCGAGCCGCCGCCUCAGCCGCCGCCCAUUAGAAAGGCCAAGACGAAAGAGGGCAAAGGUCCAGGUUAUAAAAAGCGCAGUAAAAGUCCUAGAGUGCCUGACAAGAAGAAAGCCCUAUCUAAGGCUAAAAAGAUGGCUCCCAUCCGUAUUAAGCUAUUACCAAUAGCUGGGAAGAGGAAGAAGAGCUGCUCUAGCGACGACAUGGAUGAGGAAGAGUCCGAGCAGGAGGACUCCAGCGUUCACAGCUCCUCCGUUCGCUCCGACAGCUCUGGCCGGGUGAAAAAGAACAAGCGGGGACGGCCUGCGAAGAAGAAGAAGAAAGGCAAGAUUCCAGGCGAGGAAGAAGGCGAUGGCUAUGAGACGGAUCACCAGGACUACUGUGAGGUGUGUCAGCAGGGAGGAGAGAUCAUCCUGUGCGACACCUGUCCUCGAGCGUACCACCUCGUGUGCCUCGAGCCUGAGCUGGACAAGGCCCCCGAGGGCAAGUGGAGCUGCCCGCAUUGUGAAAAAGAGGGAAUCCAAUGGGAGGCGAAAGACGAAGACUUUGAGGACUUCGAGGAGGACAGCGAGGACAGAGUGAUAUCCGAGGUCAGCAUCGGGGUUCCCGCCGGUGCGGAGGAGGAGGAGGACGACCACAUGGAGUUCUGUCGGGUGUGCAAGGACGGCGGCGAGCUGUUGUGCUGCGACACGUGCACGUCCUCCUACCACAUUCACUGUCUGAACCCCCCGCUGCCCGAGAUCCCCAACGGGGAGUGGCUCUGUCCGCGGUGCACGUGCCCGCCAAUCAAAGGGAGGGUCCAGAAGAUUCUCCAUUGGAGGUGGGGCGAGCCUCCUCCUCCCAUUCCCGUCCCGCUGCCCCCGGACGCUCCUCCCGAUGCCCCUCCGCUGCCGCCCAUGAAGGGCAGAGCUGAGAGGGAGUUUUUCGUCAAGCUAACCAGCCAGUCGUACUGGCACUGCACCUGGAUCACUGAGCUGCAGCUGGAGAUCUUCCACUCGGUGAUGUACAGAAACUACCAGAGGAAGACCGACAUGGACGAGCCCCCCAGCCUGGACUACGGAUCGGGCGCAGAGGACGAGAACGGAGUGGGCAAGAGCGAGAAGAGGCGGGCCAAGGAUCCCCACUACGCCCUGCUGGAAGACAAAUACUACAAGUACGGAAUCAAGCCCGAGUGGAUGAUGAUUCAUCGCAUCAUAAACCACAGCGUGGAUAAAAAAGGGAUGUACCACUACCUGGUAAAGUGGAAAGAUCUGACCUAUGACCAGUGCACCUGGGAAAGAGAUGACAUGGAUAUACCCGACUUUGAACUCCACAAGGCCAACUACUGGAGACACAGGGACAACAUCUUGAAGGAAGACCCCGAUAAACCCAGGAAGAUGACGAGCAAGGAGGGAGACGGUGAAGAGGAGGAGUCUCUUCCCUCCCCACUCACAGAUCCAACGAUCAAGUACGAGGAGCAGCCCGACUUCGUCACGGCGACAGGCGGCACCCUGCACCUCUACCAGCUGGAGGGCCUCAACUGGCUGCGCUUCUCCUGGGCUCAGGGCACCGACACCAUCCUGGCCGAUGAAAUGGGUCUGGGCAAAACCAUCCAAACAAUCGUCUUUCUCUAUUCACUGUUCAAGGAGGGCCACACAAAGGGUCCUUUCCUGGUCAGUGCACCCCUGUCCACUAUUAUAAACUGGGAGAGGGAGUUCGAGAUGUGGGCGCCUGAUUUUUACGUGGUGACGUACACGGGAGACAAAGACAGCCGAGCCAUCAUCAGAGAGAACGAGUUCACGUUCGACGACUCCAUCAAAGCCGGAAAGAAGGCCUUCAAACUCAGGCGUGAGGCUCCCAUUAAAUUCCACGUCCUUCUGACCUCCUAUGAGUUGGUGACCAUCGAUCAGACGGCGCUCAAGUCCAUCGACUGGGCGUGUCUGGUGGUGGACGAGGCUCACCGCCUCAAAAACAACCAGUCCAAGUUCUUCAGGCGUUUAAAUGACUACAAAAUCGACUACAAGCUGCUGCUGACUGGAACUCCUCUGCAGAACAACCUCGAAGAGUUGUUUCACCUGCUCAACUUCCUCACCCCGAAUCGCUUCAACAACCUGGAGGGCUUCCUGGAAGAGUUUGCCGACAUCUCCAAAGAGGACCAGAUCAAGAAGCUCCACGACCUGCUGGGGCCUCACAUGCUGCGGAGGCUCAAGGCCGACGUGUUUAAGAACAUGCCGGCUAAGACCGAGCUGAUUGUCAGAGUGGAGCUGAGCCCCAUGCAGAAGAAGUACUACAAGCUGAUUCUGACCAAGAACUUCGAGGCUCUGAACUCGAAAGGCGGAGGAAACCAGGUGUCUCUGCUCAACAUCAUGAUGGACCUGAAGAAGUGCUGCAACCACCCGUACCUCUUCCCUGUCGCCUCCAUGGAAGCCCAAAAAACACCCAGUGGGGCGUACGAAGGCUCGGCCCUCACCAAGGCCUCUGGGAAACUGACGCUGCUGCAGAAGAUGCUGAGGAAGCUGAAAGAUCAGGGGCAUCGAGUGCUGGUCUUCUCACAGAUGACUAAAAUGCUGGAUUUAUUAGAAGAUUUUCUGGACUAUGAGGGUUACAAGUACGAGAGGAUUGAUGGAGGCAUCACAGGCGCACUGAGACAAGAGGCCAUCGACAGAUUCAACGCUCCCGGGGCGUGUCAGUUUUGCUUCUUGCUCUCCACCAGAGCCGGAGGUCUGGGCAUAAACCUGGCUACGGCCGACACGGUCAUCAUCUUCGACUCCGACUGGAACCCCCACAAUGACAUUCAGGCAUUCAGCAGAGCUCAUCGCAUCGGGCAAGCCAACAAGGUGAUGAUCUACCGUUUUGUGACGCGAGCCAGCGUGGAGGAGCGCAUCACCCAGGUAGCCAAAAGGAAGAUGAUGCUGACCCACCUGGUGGUGCGGCCAGGUCUGGGAUCCAAGGCCGGCUCCAUGACAAAGCAGGAGCUGGAUGACAUCCUCAAGUUUGGGACGGAGGAGCUCUUCAAGGAUGAAGGAGAAGGUAUGAAGAACAACUCUGGGGACAAAGUCGAGGACGAGGGCAGCGUCAUCCACUAUGACAGCACCGCCAUCGAGAGGCUGCUGGACCGCAGCCAAGACGCCACAGACGACUCGGACGUCCAGAACAUGAACGAGUACCUGAGCUCCUUUAAGGUCGCCCAGUACAUGGUCCGAGAGGAGGACAAGAUUGAGGAGAUCGAGCGGGAGAUCAUCAAGCAGGAGGAGAACGUGGACCCGGACUACUGGGAGAAGCUGCUGCGGCAUCAUUACGAGCAGCAGCAGGAGGACCUGGCCAGCAAGCUAGGUAAAGGGAAGAGGAACCGCAAGCCUGUGAACUACAACGACGCUGCGCAGGAAGACCAAGAGUGGCAUGCUGACAUUUCAGAUAACCAGUCCGAAUACUCCGUGGGCUCCGAGGAGGAGGACGAGGACUUCGACGAUCGGCCAGAAGGUCGGAGGCAGUCACGUCGACAGCUGAGGAAUGAGAAAGAUAAACCUCUGCCUCCUCUUCUGGCCAGAGUGGGAGGCAACCUAGAGGUUCUUGGUUUCAACACACGGCAGCGCAAAGCUUUCCUGAACGCGGUGAUGCGUUGGGGUAUGCCGUCUCAGGACGCGUUCUCAUCUCAGUGGCUCGUUAGGGACCUCAGGGGGAAAACCGAGAAGGAAUUCAAAGCUUACGUGUCUCUCUUCAUGCGCCACUUGUGCGAGCCCGUCGCCGACGGGGCUGAGACGUUCGCCGACGGCGUCCCAAGGGAGGGCUUGUGUCGGCAGCUCGUCCUGACGCGUAUUGGCGUCAUGUCUCUGGUCAAGAAGAAGAUCCAAGAGUUUGAGCACAUCAACGGACGGUGGAGCCUUCCGGAGCUCAAACCCGAGGUCAGCGUUGACAAAUCCUGCUCCCGGGCCUCCUCUCCCGCCGCAAAGACCGCGACUCCCACACCCGACGCGAGCUUCAACAACACGCCGUGCACCUCGAAGCCAGCGACUCCUGCUCCCUCGGAGAGGCUGGAGAAGAACGGGAAGGAGGGCGAAAAGGAGGAGGAGAAGGGGGAGGCUGACGCCUCCGCAGAAAAGGAGAAAGUGAAGGAGCAACAGAAAGAGGUGGACGGCAACAAGACAGGCGACACAGAGGAGCUUUCGUCCUCAGCAAAAGAAUCGUUGCAGAAGGCAUCGCCGAGUCAAAAGACGGACGGCAAAGAAGAGAGUAACACCAAAGAGGACGACAGGAAGGAACCGACCGAGUCGUCAGCAUCAGAGGAGAACAAACAACAAGAGGACAGCAAAGAGGAGAGUAAACAAAACACAGACGUUACAGAAAAGAAGUCGGAGGGAGAGAAGUCCGGGGAGGACAAGGAGAAGGAAAAGAGGGACGAAAUGCGAACAUCUUCAGAGGCAACAGAAGCCAGGGAAAAAACCGAGGCGUCUGACCUGAAGAGAGAAGAGGUCAAAGGUGAAAGGGAUGCUGGGAAAGAGAUCAAAGCAGCCAAGGAGGAGACGACAAAGGGUAACGGGAAGCCUCAGACCGAGCGGCCGCGCUUCAUGUUCAACAUCGCAGACGGCGGCUUCACAGAGCUGCACACUCUGUGGCAGAACGAGGAGCGGGCUGCCAUCUCCUCGGGUAAGAUGAACGAGAUCUGGCACCGUCGACACGACUUCUGGCUGCUGGCGGGAAUCGUGGUACAUGGCUACGCUCGUUGGCAGGACAUCCAGAACGAUCCACAGUUCGCAAUCGUCAACGAGCCGUUCAAGUCGCAGGCAAAUAAAGGAAACUUCUUGGAAAUGAAGAACAAGUUUUUGGCUCGGCGUUUUAAGCUGCUGGAGCAGGCGCUGGUGAUCGAGGAGCAGCUGCGGCGGGCGGCUUACCUCAACAUGACCCAGGACCCGAGCCACCCGGCCAUGGCGCUCAACGCUCGCUUCGCCGAGGUGGAGUGCCUGGCCGAGUCGCACCAGCACCUCAGCAAGGAGUCGCUGGCAGGGAACAAGCCAGCCAACGCCGUUCUCCACAAAGUGCUGAACCAGCUGGAGGAGCUGCUGAGCGACAUGAAGGCCGACGUGACCCGGCUGCCCGCCACGCUGUCCCGAGUCCCGCCCAUCGCCGCCCGCCUGCAGAUGUCGGAGCGGAGCAUCCUCAGCCGGCUCGCCAGCAAGGGCACCGAGACGCACACGCCCCCGCCCAUACCGCCGGGACCCUACGCCACCCCUCAGAACUACGGCGCGCCCUUCACCCCAGCCCCGCCGAGCGCCCUGCACAUGGGAGGAGCCAACUACAGCCAGAUGCCACCGGGAUCCUUCAUAUCAGAAGCCGCCGCCGCUGCCGCUGCUGCUGCUGGGGGCGCCGCUGGUGGAGCCACAGGGGGGUCAACUGCCGCCGGGGUUUUCCAGAAGACCAAGGAGCAUGACGUGAUGCAGCGGCAGCGAGUGGUGGACCUCUGGAAAGACGUCCUGAACGGGCCUCCCAUGUCUGUAAAGAAGGAACGGGAAGCAGAACUGCUGGUGAACCGACGGGAGCAGCGCAGCGGAGAGGUCAUCUGUAUCGACGACUAGACGACACACACGCGCGCUCGCACACCUGAAACCCAUUUCCUGCUAGAAAGACACCUUCGAUUACUCCUCUGCAGAGGAAUGGUUUUUGGGGGGGGCGGGGUUUUUUUUUUGGUUUUGUUUUUUUUCCGCAGGAGAAAGCAGCGCCACUGAACCGCGCUCUCAGUGUUACAACUAUAACUAACUGACUGUCUGAAGGCAAAUGUACCCAAACAAUAGUGAUUGUAAUUGCUUCAUUUGAAACAAACAUAACUUCAGCCGCACACACAGCGCGUCAUCACAGACAGUCCAAACCUGCCUCCAACUUUUUGUGACCAUUUUUACGUCUGCCUCAAACCAUUAUACUCCUCAACAACGGCCUCCUCAAGUGGGCCUCCUCCUCCUUGAGAUGCUUCAGACCUCACCUAUGCACACACACACACACACACACACACACACACGCAAACAUAAAGAAAUGCUAAACCCAACCUUACCCCAGAAACCUCCUAGAUCUGUCAGUAGACCGUAUCCCCUUCCUCCUCUUCCUAAGCUUCUCUCAGAAAGUUGCAUGUGAGACUAUACUCAUUUCUCCCCACGGCGCUCCAUCGUCCCCUGAAGCAUGCUCUUAUCACAACAACGCUGUCUUGUGGAAUCAGAAAGAAAAGAAAAAUGUUAUCAAGCUGUGCCUAAACUCGUUUUAAUACUAUUUCUAAUGCUCAGAGAGAGAGAGGCUGACUCUCCAGUGUCUGAGUUUAAGCAGCUCCAAGCACAGCUCAAGCUAUUAGUUUGGUUUUUUUUCAUUUACCUUUUAUUUUGCUCUUUUUUUUUUAACGGUACGUGUUCAGAUAAAACUCAUGUGCAAAAGUAUGAUAUAAAUAUAUUCAGGACUUGUUUGACCAUAAAGUAUUUUCCAGCAUCCUUAUCUGCUUUUCCUGGUUUGAGCUCAUGCACAGAGCUUCGAGGCGUUUCGAAGGGGGUUUGUUUUAGGAAAGGCCUCGAAACGUCGCUACUUUUUAGGAUUCCCCUACGAAUGUUUAUAACCUUUCAUAAGCAAAUCAGUGUUAUUGAAACCUGUCGACAACCCUCUGCACUGCUCUUACCUUUACUUACCGGCGCUUUAAAUCAAGAAUUUUAUUUUGUGUUUCCUUUUUUUCUUUUAUUAUUAUUUCUGUUUCCUUCUACAAAAUCCUGUGAUAUACUUUGCAUAUUUAAGCAGCUCAUUCGUGUUCUCUUGUAUUUUUACUCUCCCAGUUAUGAGCAUUGUCGUUGUUGAUGUUGCUGUCGUUCUCGCCGUUGCUAUUCGAGAGAGAGCUUCUACCAAAAGAGACAUAUCUUUGUAACUAUAAAACAUUUUUAAAAAAACUAAAAAAAAACCACAACAGUACGCGUGCCACACAAUACACAGUUCUGCCAUGUUCGUCCCAUUGUUGCAAGAGAACACAAACGAAGAAGUUGAGCUAACUUCAGAAGUGCAUAUGUAACACGAGAAAGCAAACUCUCCUUUUAGUUUUGGGGCUUAAUUAUGUACGUCUGUAGAAACUAGGUCAUAUGUAAUCCUAAUUGCUUCUACCGAGAUCUCAGUCCAUUUCAGCUCCAUUAAAAGUACACAAGAGCUAUCCAGAGAAUCAGAGAGGGGACUUUUAUAUAUCGCGUCAUUUAAAAGCGCCUUAAUAAACAUAGCUGAACACAUGUAAAGUCAAUGAAAUACAUUUAGAAACUGAUGUCAACCUGUAAAUUCCAGUGUCUUCUGUUGCAAGUGGAAAACUGAAAAGGUCUUUAAAAACAACGUAGCUCGUCAACUUUUCCCCCAGGAUUUAUAAAAAUUUAUGUUGCUUUAAAACAAAUAUUCAACAACCCCCAAACUAAAAUGUUGAGUCAAGAACAACAAAUUAUUGCUUUGUCCACUCUUGUUUUGUCCUCGUUUCAGGAUUAUUCGGUUGAUUUCUGGGUAUCUUGUGUCACUGUGUACGUGGUGGUGCCGAUGAACUGACGAGUGGAAGUAAAAACACGUCAGUAAUGACACUUCUCCUUAUUUUCUCUUUUUUUGUUUGUAAUAAAACUGAAAAAAAUGA